AUGACUGCGCGGAUGGACCAGCUUAUCCACAAACUAAGCGUGCUCACAGCCCGGUCUGAGGAGACCAUGCGAGUCAAUGCAGAGCUCUCUCAGGCCUUGCAUUGUGUCCAGGCAGAUCUGGUAGCCAAUGAGAACAAGAUCCAAGAAUUGAGCUCCAAGAUCGACUCUUCUACUGCAUAUUUGGAAAACUUGACGUCUCUUACGCUACGUACACAACUUUUGGAGUCCCAAACACUGCGCGACGAAGACAACGGGCUGAGUUGGAAAGCUACAGAAACCACUAUCGAGAACUUACAGAGAGAAUACCAGUACCUCAAUGGACAGCUUGGUAAAGAUUGUCAUCCAGAGAGCGAUGCAGACAAUGACACCAGCUUUCCGAGCGAGUCCAACGAGACCUCGCUCUUUUCGGGAAAUGACACUUCCGACGCUACUUCGAUUUCUCUCCGGGUGACAAUGAACGAUGCUGAUCUGGACUUCAAGCCGCAUAUGGGGCCAAUAGAGCCAGUUCUGGACAAUGCAAGCUCAAACUGGACAUCGGAUCAACAGUUUGUGCCCGUGAGAGGGUUCGAUGCUCCCUUCUUGGACGUCAUUUCUGAGGCCGACGAAAAAGAGCCACAGGGGCGCAGAUCCACACAUACUUUGGAGGACAUUGAAAUCGAGUUCAAUGAUUGCUCGGACCACGAGCAGAUUCUGGAACUGGUCGCGAGCGACAACGAGAGCAUGGCCAGCGGCACAGAUAUUAUUGAGUGGUAUCGCAGCGAGCCGCAGUGUGCCCCUAUUCAGAUCGGCGCAGGACGACCGGUGGUAGCCAACGAGAUGACAGACAUUGUGAGCGAGAUGUCGUUCAGGCCGCGAUCCACAGUGGACGCUUUACAUACCCUGGUACAAAACAGACCGGCGCGGAAGCCGUUAACGCAAAAGAACUGGCUCGCCAACUUGAUACCUAAUAGCUCGCUGGUGACGAGCGAAACAGGCCGGCUGAUAGGUCAGCCGGCCGCCCACGUAUUUCCGCGUGAGAGUGCUCGAGGUGGGGCGCAUUCCACCAUGAUUUUCGACAGGAAGGGCCGGAUCAUACGACACGGGUCUGGUCACGGGCUGGGCGACGUUCUCAGCACCAGGGUCAGCCACGGUGCACUCCGGGACGCUCUGAGAAGCAAUCUGGAGGAUUUCAGCAGACAUUAG